AUGGUCAAAGUCGGACACGGUGGUACUCUAGACCCCCUCGCAACGGGUGUACUCGUCAUUGGCGUUGGAUCUGGAACGAAAGAGUUGCAAAGGUACUUGACCGGAUCGAAGAGGUAUAUUGCUGGUGCAGAGCUCGGCUUCGAGACGACAACGCUAGAUUCGGAGGGAAAUGUGACGAAGACUGCAUCUUUUGAUCAUCUGAGUGUGGAUGCGAUCGAGAAUGUUCUUCCAGAUUUCACUGGUCCGAUUUCACAAAUCCCACCGAUCUUCAGCGCACUUCGAAGAAACGGCAAGAAACUUUACACAUUAGCCCGAGAGGGCGUUUCCGCGGAUGAGAUAGAGAUCGAGGCACGUCAAGUUGAGAUUUAUGACCUGACGCUUGUUGCUAAGGCUACCACAAAGCUGCCAAGAUUUCAAUUGGAUGUCGAAUGUGGAGGUGGGACCUAUAUACGAUCCUUGGUACGGGAUAUAGGGUACAAGCUCGACUCGGUCGCUACCAUGAUCGCUCUCGAGCGAACGCAACAAGGACAGUUUGAGCUGGACAAGUGCCUCGCCAAAGAUGAAUGGUCUGCUGAUAGCAUU